CGACGCGGCGCCCGACCAUGGGCAAGAAGCGCAAGCGCCAGCGGCCCGCGGGCGAGACCUUCACCCUCGUCGAUAAUGGAGAAAACCUCCUGGAGGGCCUGGUGCUGCGCCGCGACGCCGUCACCGUCGCGGAGGAAGCGGAAUUAUUAACCUUCAUAAAUGAUGGGCUCGCGCGCGGCCGCAACGGUUCCAUAAGGAAGCCUACGUAUUUGAAGGCAGAAGGCGCGCGGUCGCGGGGCAACCGGCGCGAGUCGUUGCAAUACGGAGGCUUCUUCGACUUCAAUCGCGGGCGGCCGGGGAAGCGAGGGCUGGUGCCGCCGUUCCCACCCAUUUUAGAGAGGCUCGUCGCGAAUCUGGUGAAGCGCGGCUUCAUCGACGCUUCAUUAAACCCCGACUCGUGCAUCAUCAACAGCUACGCGCCGGGCGACUGCAUCCCGCCGCACACGGACCACGCGGCCUACGCGCGGCCGAUCCUGACGCUGUCGCUGCUCGGCGAGGAGCCGAUUCUGGUAGGACGGUCGUUCCGGUCCACACGCGCUUGUGCCUGGGAACCGAUCGUCGGCCGGUCCGUGACGCUGCCGCGGCGAUCAUUAUUAUUACUCGGAGGCAACUCGGGCAGCGUCGCAAAGCACUGCGUCUCGGCCUGCGCCGGCCCCCGCGUCUCUAUUACUUUGAGAAGACAACCCCCGGAAGACUGGCGCCCCGACGCGUCCGAACUUAUCGGGGGAGAAACACACAAAAAGAGAAAGCCCCUCUCCGGCUCGGCGAAACGACGCAAGAAACGGGAGAAGCUCCUUACCCGGCGCACCGAGCCGUCUCGACGAACUUGACGGCUGGUAAAAACCCGGCCUCGGCGGCCUGCUCGUAACAUUCCUUGGCCUGUUCCACAUCUCUCACGAAGCGGCCCUGCUCGUUGUAGAAGCCCGUCCACCAGAGCUGCGCGAGCGCGUGCGUCGCCGCCGGCAGUCCGGCGUCGGACGCCUUCUGGUAGUACUCGAGCGCUUCUCGAUCUCUCCCUUGCUUUUGUAAGUAACAGCCGUAGUUGUGCAGCGCAUUCACAUUACCUGACGCAGCCGCGAGGCGGUACAAUUCGGCGGCUUUAUCGUCGUCGCGGUCCUGACCGAUGCCCACGUCGCUCGACAGGCGGCUACCUAAUUCACAGCGCGCCGCGGCGUCGCCCGCGUCGGCCAGCUCCUGGAGGAGGUUCUCGGCGAUGGUCUUCGUGGCCGACAUGAUGGCUGCCCUUAGCUCGGUGGUUGUGGUCUACCCUCUGGCGUGGGACGCUUGUUGGUUGGGUGCCGAGGCGUGCGGACGAUGCGAACCUGUCUGUAUUCGGCUGCCCCUCGCGUUUCGCGUCGGAGACGGGCACAAUAAAUGGG